AUUUUCCAACCACGACAAUUAUUUAAAAAACAAAACAAAACUAAAAACGGUUUUACUUAAAGUGUGGUAUUUCUAACACGCUGGAUUUGAUGUUGAACCGUAACAAUGUUGGGAAUUUAUUAUUUACUCUUUUUUAUUUUCAUUUUUCAAAAAUCAUAUGCUCAAUGUCCCCAACAGGCAAACGGAAUAUUUCGUUUUGGUCCUAAAUGUGGCUUUAUGUGCCACUGCAGAAACAAUGAACAAUGUGACGAUACUACUGGGGAAUGUACUUCCGGUUGUGCAAGCUUUUGGUACGGACCAGGAUGCCAGUACAGGGAUAUAGCAGAAGGAGAGUAUUCACGGCAUUCUGAUAAUUUACCGCAUGGAAAACAUAAGUAUUCAGCUCUUGCAAAUGAUGGCGAUAAAAACACUUGUAGUUACACAGCUGAAGUUCAGAGUUCUGAGAAGAAGGUCAAACCAUUUUGGAGAGUUUGGUUUCCAACUAAUGAGACAAUUAGGGAACUUGAGAUUGUCACGCUGAAUGCGACUCUGCAAUACUUCAAAGGUUUUACAGUAUUUGUAGAAUAUCUUUCCCCAGAAGAAAAGGAAUCACAGAAUGCAUCUUCAUAUCGCCGAGAAUGUUACAAGCAUGGAGAUGCCGCUCCAAAUAACGCGACCUUUACAGUGCCAUGUACCAGUCCCGAUGUUGGAAAUCAAGUGAGGAUUGUGCUAGACGAACUGAAGACACAACUGGUCCUGUGUGAUGUAAGAAUAAAUGGAGGUAGAAAUUUAGCUUAUGGACGUACAACCUACCAAAUUUCGAAGCAUAGAGACUGCAGAAAAGAUGAUACAUGCUCAUCUGACAAAGCUGUAGAUGGAAAUGAGAGCAAUUACGAUUGGAGGCAAUGCACUUUCACAGCUGACGAAAAAGAUCCUUGGUUGAAAAUCGAACUUGAUCAUAAAACGACAAUUUGGUACAUUAGGAUAUUGCUUCAGAAAGUUGAAACAUCUACUUAUCAGUUAGAGGUAUCAAAUGCUACAAAUGAAGUCGGGAAAUCAACUUAUGAUGUUAAUGCAACAGCAUCUUUACAAAUAAACUUGACAUUGAAUACAAUUGGCGAAAGUGUCAAACUAACAAAGAGAACAACGUUAGGACGUUUAGAAAUAUGUGAAGUUUAUAUAUAUGGAGACUGCUUAGAAGACAAAUGUGGAUAUGGAUGUGGGCAAGAAAGCCAUUGCAAACGUGCGACUAUUUGGGAUAAGAUGUCUAGGAGUUGUUCGUAUGGCUGCAAAGACGGAUGGAUGAGUUCUGGAUGUAAUAUCCGAAUAAAUUGCUUGAAUGAGACUGACGGUGAUAAAUGCUCGGGAUGUAGUGAACAUUGUAAAGAUGGACACAUUCCUUGCAACAAAGCGGAUGGCAGUUGUUCAAAGGGCUGUAAUGACGGAUGGAAGGGUCAAAAGUGCGAUCAAGAAUGUGAUGACGGAACUUUCGGCAGUGGCUGUAGCCAAGCUUGUAGUGGACAUUGCAAGAAUGAUCAACCAUGUGAUAAAGCCAACGGAUCGUGUCCAAACGGUUGCAGUAAAGGAUAUGAAGGGAACUCCUGCAAUCAAACCUGUCCAGCUGGUUUCUAUGGAAAUAAUUGCAACAGUAACUGUAGCGAGAAUUGCGUCGAAGGUACAUGCAGACAUACGGAUGGAAAAUGCACUGAAGGCUGUACUGCGGGAUGGAAAGGAAAACGAUGUGAAAAACCAUGUCCAGUUGGUUUCUAUGGAAACAAUUGCAAAAAUAAAUGUAGCGAGAAUUGCGUCGAAGGUACAUGUAGACAUAAGGAUGGAAAAUGCAUUAAAGGCUGUACUGCGGGAUGGAAAGGAAAACGAUGUGAAAAACAAUGUAAUGAUGGUACAUAUGGGCCUGAUUGUUCAAUGAACUGCAGCGGAAACUGUAAGAAUGAUGUUCCGUGUAAGAAAGAUGACGGCAUUUGUCCAAAUGGAUGUAAUAUAGGAUUUAGAGGGGAACGCUGCGAUCAGCGCUGCGGAAGUGGUCAGUACGGCACAAACUGUUCGAGAAAAUGUAGUGUAAAUUGUGAAAAUGAAAAUGAAUGCGAUCAUAUAAACGGACAUUGUCGGUGUAAGGCAGGAUGGAUGGGACAAACGUGUGAGCAAGAGUGUAUAGACGGUACCUUUGGCUUCAAGUGCCGGGCGCGCUGUAGCGGCAAUUGCAAGAACAGUGAAAUAUGUGAGAAAGUUUACGGGUCUUGUCCAAAUGGCUGUAAACUAGGGUACUACGGGAAAUUAUGUUCUCAUAGGUGCAGUGCAAGUUAUUAUGGUAUUAACUGUACUGACAAAUGCAGUGAACACUGUAAAGGUGGAUACGCAGCGUGCAGCAAAGAGAACGGAAAUUGCAAAUUAGGUUGUAACGCAGGAUGGAACGGAGAAAAAUGCGAUCAAGAAUGUGAUAGAGGAUGGUUUGGUCAAGGAUGCCAGUACAGGUGCUCUGAGAAUUGUAAAGAUGAUGAUAUUUGUGAUACAGUAAAUGGCGAGUGUCCUCGUGGCUGCAAACCAGGUUAUACAGGGAAAACAUGUGCACAAAAUUGCACAGCCGGUUUCUAUGGCGACAAGUGCAGUCAUAAUUGUAGUGGUCAUUGUGAAGGUGGUUCUAUAAUGUGUAGUAGCACUGACGGACAUUGUCUUGGGGGCUGUGAAGCAGGCUGGAAGGGAGUAAAAUGUGAUACAGGAUGUGAUAAAGGAAACUUUGGUCCAGAUUGUCUGAACACGUGCUCAUUGAAUUGUUAUGAGGAUGAUAUUUUGAUAAAGUGCAAUGUCCUCGUGGUUGUAAGGCCGGAUUUACAGGAAAUACAUGCGAGCAAAGUAUGCAAAAAUGAUUUUCUAGUUAAAAAUUAUUGCAAGAUCGGUUUCUUUGGCCCCAAGUGCAGUCAUAAUUGUAGUGAUCAUUGUGAAGGUGGUUCUAAAAUGUGUGCUAACACUGACGGACAUUGUCUUGAUGGCUGCGCAGCAGGCUGGAAGGGAGCAAAAUGUGAUACAGAGUGCGACGGUGGUUUUUAUGGUAUCAACUGUUCUAUGACGUGUGGUAACUGCAAGUCGGGGACGGCUUGUCAUAAAGUCGCCGGCACAUGCAGCGAAGGAUGUGAGUCUGAUUACAGCGGUGACAAUUGUUUACAAGCAAUGCAAAAGUCAAAUUAUUCGGUUGCGAUUACGGCAGGCGGGGUUGCAGCCCUUGUCAUUUUUAUGGUGAUAGCAGCAGCUAUUAUUGUAGUUAUAUAUCGUAAACGAAAGAAGCCAGGACAAAGGAAGAAUGAUGACAGUGCAAACAUAGAAUUCACAGAUGCUGUUUCUUCGGGCAGACGUGAAAAGGACAGACAGAAACGAUGUAACAAUAUGCAUUUGAAUGCAGCGGCUGCAGCCAAUGCCGAGACAAACAGAUCCUCGACAAGUGGAGUAAAUACUUAUAAUAAUGAUUCUAGUGUCAGCCAAACUAAGCACACAAUUCCCUUAUCAAACCUACUUGCAUAUGUGAAAAGAAAUUUGGCAAACUCUGAUUACUUCUCGAAAGAAUUUCAGGAGCUACCCUACGGAAUGAAAUAUCCAUCUACGGUUGGUGCGAAUCCCUACAACAGAAAGAAGAACAGAUACAAGGAUAUGCAGGCUUACAACCACACGCGCGUUAUGUUGAAAACAUUGCCUAAAGAGCAAGGGUCGGACUACAUAAAUGCAAGUUUCAUUAAGGGUCAUGCUAAAGAGAAGGCUUACAUUGCAGCACAAGGUCCAACUGAGGCAACUAUCGACGACUUUUGGAGAAUGAUUUGGGAAAAGAAUGUUUAUACCAUUGCUAUGGUUACCAACCUCGUUGAAGAAACAAAGACGAAGUGUCUACAGUAUUGGCCGACGGUUGAAUCCAGUACACGUUAUGGAGAUUUCAUUGUUCGCACGGAAUCUGAGGCAAUAUUUGCUGAGUUUACAAUCCGGAAUCUCAAAGUCGACUUUGAGGAGGGGAAGCCCUCAAGGACCAUCACUCAGUUUCACUUCACCGCAUGGCCUGACCAUAGUGUACCAAGAAGCACAUCAGGUUUGCUUCAGUUUUGGAGAAAAGUGAGAAACAACGACGCAAUCAAAGCACAUUCUUGGCUUGUACACUGCAGUGCUGGUGUUGGUCGGACUGGUACCUUUAUAGCCACAGAUAUAUUAUACGACCAAGGUAAAGACAAAGGAUAUGUUGAUGUCUACCAGUGUGUUAGAGACUUGCGCGACCAAAGAGUCAACAUGGUCCAGACAAAGGAUCAGUACCUUUUCCUUCACGGUUUGAUGAUUGAAGCAUUCAUUUUGCCAUCAGAACCUGUUCCACUGGAACACUUUCACCAAGUUCUAAACGAUCUGAAGGAUGUUGAUAAGGUGGCAAGGAAAACGAAACUCCUUUUGCAGUAUGAGACAUUGAAGGAAGACAUGACAUACAUGUUUACUAAGGAUGAAACUGAAGAAAAAUAUUCAGCAGCAAUGCUCAAAGAAAACAGAACUAAAAACAGAAACAAUAGUAUACUUCCACCUAACGAAUUCCGACCUUUCCUUGCCACUGCUAUUGCUGGGUGUACGAACUAUAUCAAUGCAGUCUACAUACCGAGCUACUGCGAUAUUCAUGGCUAUAUUAUCACUCAAACACCAUUGGAGAGCACAGCAAUCGACUGUUGUCGUCUGGUAUAUGAGCAAGAGGUCAAGGUCAUAGUUACAUUUCCUGCCAAAGUGAAAGAGCAGAAUGGCACGUACUUACCAGAAGAUGGGACUGUCAAUUUAGGACCAUUUACGGUGGCAAAAACGUCUGAAGAAGACAAACACUUCUACAAAAAGAAAACUUUCGUUAUGGCAUAUGAUUCAGAGGAAUGCGAGCUAACCCAGCUAAUGUUCAAUAACUGGCCGGUUAAUCGUAUAACUCCGAGCGAUACUCUAAACAUGCUGAACUUUAUGCAAGAAGUGGAAUUUCACAGAAGAAUAGCAGACAACAAACCUGUGCUUGUUCAGUGUCUCGACGGAUCAGAGAAGAGCGGCUUAUUUGUUGUUCUGAUGAACAUACUGGAACGUGCACGACUGGACAAUGAGGUCUCGAUUCCACAAGUUAUCAGACAGCUUAGAAUCAGGCGUCAACAGAUCAUUCCAAACUUUGAACAGUUCAAAUUUUGUCACGAUGUUCUGCUGUGCCACGUUGAUAGCAAUGCAAUGUAUGCAAAUAUGUGAAUACAUAAAUGUUCACAUGUGCUUACUGGCGACAGUUAUGUACAUUGUUUAUUAAAGAUAUUGAGGACGCUUUGGACUGUGUACAGGCUUUUUAAGAAUAUGAUUUGGACUACUUAAAUUCAUAGGAUCAUCACGACAAAACAGAAAAUUCAUUAGCAUUUCUUUUAAUACAUGAAAUAUGUUGCCGCCACAUGAGUGAUGUAUUUAUGCUUCAAAAGUCUUUGUGCGCUUAAGGUAUUAUUCAGCAUCUUGAUAUUAUGAAAACUUUUCCGAUUGCCGCCUUGUCAGUUUAUAGAACAUACUUUUUCGUCGCUGUAGAUAUUUGCUUCUUAAACAGUUGUAAAGCUCUGAAGAUGAAAUGAUCCGAAGAUGUAUUGUGGCGUACGUGAAGCCCAUCUCUUGGGAUAAAAUUUCAAUACACCCGGGAAAUAUGCCUUCUUUAAUACAUUGUUUUAUAAAUGUUAUGCAUGGACAGAAAAGGAUAUUAAUUACAUGACACUGAAUAGAACUGCAUAGCUCCUAUCAAAUACAACAAACAGACAUUUUUAUGGACUUUAAGAUACAAAAACCGGUCAUUGCUAAAAAGUUGAAAAAAUGAUGUUAUUCUGUCACGAAGUGUACAGUGGCCUUACUACCAACCGACAAAAUUACCUACAACUUAUUAUGCCCCAUAACCACUUUAAUUCCUUAUUAUGUAGCAAAGUGAACGUUUAGUUUUUUUUCUCUAUAGCUUAGUCCUCGUAAACGUUCUGAAACUUCAAACAGUGGUGACGACGGAUGUUCAAAACGCUAAAAAACUAGAAAAGGUUUUAGUCCAUUUGAUGAUGACAUGGCAAUUUCAAUAUUUUGUUUAAGAUGUAUGCAAAACAACUUUUCAAAUUAUGAAACUGCAAAACUCUUACAAUGAGUAUGCAUUGUGCUGAAAAUUACACCAAAUGUCAUUCAAAUAGUCUUGCACUACAGUGUUCAGACCCAGUACUCGCGUUACAGCCCAUACAAUUUCAUUUCGUUUCUUUCCAAACAAAUGUAUGUUUAGAACAAAACUAUUGUGUUUGUGUUCGAAUCAGAGUAGAAUUGUCGACAGAGCCAACCCUUAGUAUAUUUGAUAGGAAAGCAUCAGCAGAUUUCUAGAUUAUGGAUUUUAGUUUCAUUUUCUUCUCAUGGUUGAAGCUGAUUUGCACUUUCAUUUAAUUUGUGCAGUUAUUCUAAUUGUAAUGAAUUAUAAUACACCCAGGUAUGCAGAACACUUUUUACCGAGUAAAUACAUCACUUUUUUCGCACAUUUCACCGUUUCAUUGAAUAGAAAUAUUAGAGAUUCAUCCUGCUUUUUGUAUAUGUGGACUACUCUGGUGUCGCUUGUCAUAAAAUCUCGUAAGUAUGCAGCCAUAAAUAUGAAAAUAGUAUUUUUUCUAUUUGCAUAAAGUUUAUUCCAGUUUAUAUAUCUGCUUUUGUUAUCAGUUUACAGAAUCUUUAUACUACUGUGUUAGACUGUUUAUUAUGCACUAUUUCCUCUAAAGUAAACUUUUUUUUUUUUUAUUGAGGCCAAGGCUCUUCAACUUUUUCAGAGGUUUUCUACAUGUUUUUGUUAUUGUUUUUAAACUUUUUAAAAGUAUUAAGAAAUUCAUUUCUAGACGAAAUCACCGAGGCGUUUUAUGAUUUUUGAGCAUAUUAAUCUUUGUUUCUGAAAUGAAAAAAAAAAUCUCUAUACACACUUUUUAACCAGUUUUCUAAACCUUAAUGUGGUCUGUGUCAUACAUUGCCGUCUAAGAAAUAAAUGUACUUAGCCGGAACUGAAAGAUGUAGGUUGAACGUUUUGAAAAAUCUUUGGUUGAUAAUGUGAUCAAAGAACAGCUGAACACUUUAUCAAAAAUAUAGUAUUGUUACAAAUAUGAUAUUCAAUUCAUGCUGGUAAAAUCUACAAACGAAUAAAAAUGAGUAACUGGAAUUUUGAUAAGAUCUAAAGUAACAAUUGUUUAAAGUUUUCUCGACAGUUGCAAUUUAACAAUAAUUUAUUGAAGGAAUGACACAAAAGUUUUCAAAAGGUAAUCCCAUUAUUUAAUAUCAAGAUACAUCUUAAAAUGGAAUUCUACGGACAUGCGAUUAGGUUUUACAUAUAUAUCAGGUUACAAGACAUGAUGUUUUCUUCAAAGAUACCCAUUGCCUACUUUUCAUUUAAAUAUUAUAUCUUUAGGCAUUUACCUCAAAUGCAGUAACUCUUUUUUGACUGUAAUUAGCUUAACUAAAUGUAUAAAUGAGCGCACCAUGAGAAAAUCAACAUAGUGCAUUUGCGACCAGCAUAGAUCCAGACCAGCCUGCGCAUCCGCGAAGUCUGGUCAGGAUCCAUGCUGUUCGCUAAAGGUUUCUCUAAUUGCAAUAAGCUUUGAAAGCGAACAACAUGGAUCCUGACGAGAUUGCGCGGAUGCGCAGGCUGGUCUGGAUCCAUGCUGGUCGCAAACGCACUAUGUUGGUUUUCUCAUGGCGCAGCUAAAUAAGAUUCACACAGUAAGAGUUGAUUUGUAAAAAAGCUUCCAGUUUUUCAGUGGUAUAUUCAUUUUUACUAUGUUUAGCUAUACAUGAACUAUUUUAAAUUGGAUUCUUGUAUACCUUUAAGAAUAUAUUAGAGUAUAUUGAAUUAGUUUAGUUACAAAUAUUGUAAAUGACAUUAAAGCCACAUUUUCCUCCUUAUUUAUAUGUGUUGUUAGUGUGUACCAUUUGUAUGUACAAUUUGUGUAAUCAGCAGCUUGCCCACAGUUGUACCUUUAAUUGUUAAAUUCCCCUUACUUUUUAUUACAGUAAGUUUAUCUGGCA